AUGACACUAUCUAUAGUGAUUCAAAACCUUAUUAAAGAAAUUAAUUAAUAAUAAAUUGAUCUUAUAUUUGAGCCUAACCUUCCCCCAUUUGUAUCCUGCUAAAGCUAACCGCACUUCCAAGCGUCUUCAAUCACUUCAGACCUCGAAACGACAUCAAUUGAAAAGUGAAGAACAUCCUAAAUUAAUAAUACAUGAUAGCAUCAUCACCCUACAUCACAAGGAGGAGAACAUCGCCCACCGCAGAUACCCACUAUUGAACAUUCCGAAUAUUCCUAAUUAUAAAGUUAAUAAACUUUUAAAUUCGAAUUCAGAUAGAUGAAAAUA